AUGGUGCCGGGCCGCGCCGCGCCGAGCCGAGCGGGGACAGCCGGGGCGGGCCGAGCCGAGCCGAGCGGGGACAGCCGGGGCGGGCCGAGCCGAGCCGAGCCGAGCCGAGCCGAGCCGAGCGGGGACAGCCGGGGCGGGCCGAGCCGAGCCGAGCCGAGCCGAGCCGAGCCGAGCGGGGACAGCCGGGGCGGGCCGAGCCGAGCCGAGCCGAGCCGAGCCGAGCCGAGCGGGGACAGCCGGGGCGGGCCGAGCCGAGCCGAGCCGAGCCGAGCCGAGCGGGGACAGCCGGGGCGGGCCGAGCCGAGCCGAGCCGAGCCGAGCCGAGCGGGGACAGCCGGGGCGGGCCGAGCCGAGCCGAGCCGAGCCGAGCCGAGCCGAGCGGGGACAGCCGGGGCGGGCCGAGCCGAGCCGAGCGGGGACAGCCGGGGCGGGCCGAGCCGAGCCGAGCCGAGCCGAGCCGAGCCGAGCGGGGACAGCCGGGGCGGGCCGAGCCGAGCCGAGCCGAGCCGAGCCGAGCGGGGACAGCCGGGGCGGGCCGAGCCGAGCCGAGCGGGGACAGCCGGGGGUAGGGUGGAAAGACUUGGAGAGGAGGACACUGUGGCCAGCUGCAUAAAGCCUGUCUUGGAUAACUCCAAAAUUCUGUUGGUGGCUUCAAAGACAGAUCCAAAGGCAUAA